CCGCCAAUAUGAACGUGAUGCAGGAAUAAUGAAAUGCAGCGAUCUCGAGGAUUGAUUAGUUAUGCCUGGACUGGAGAUUCAACUGCAAGGCCAAUGCAGUCGAUCCAGAGAGACGUGUUGACAGUCUGGAGGGCGACGGAAGUUGCAUCCUCAUCAGUAAACUUAUGGUUCGUGUGUCUUCCAGGUCUGCUUCAUGCUGACACUCUCUAAAGAGGUGGGCCUCCAUGUUAACACAGACCGACCCCCAGCCGCUAUGUCCUCCGCCUCAAUGUCAGCAUCGUGUGCCUUUGGUGGUGAUGCUUCCGCUGCCAUGGCAACCCAGGCGUCCGAGCAGGCCCUGCUGGCCUCAGACCGCUACGCCAGACUCGUCCUGGCCCAGAUGAACAAGAUGCGGCUCCGCACCGAUUUCUGUGACGUGGGGCUGAGGGUCGGCAGCCGGGUCUUCAGGGUGCACCGGCUGGUGCUCGCUGCUUGCAGCCCUUACUUCUCUGCGCUGUUCUCCGGGGGGAUGAGGGAGGCGGACAAGGAGGAGGUGCGGCUCCUCGGAGUGGAGACGGACGUCUUUGAGGUUUUGCUGGACUUCAUAUACACGGGCGUGAUCAGUGUGACGGUGGACAACGUCCAGGAGAUGAUGGUGGCAGCAGACAUGCUGCAGUUGAACGAGGUGGUGUCUAUCUGUGGAGAGUUCCUCAAGGUCCACAUGGACCCGUCCAACUGUGUGGGCAUCUUUCAGUUCCUGGAGCAGAUUGCCUGCAUGGACAUGUUAGAGUUUACUGAGAACUACAUUCAUGGUCACUUUUUGGAGGUGUGUGUCACCGAUGAGUUCAAGGGCUUGUCGAAGGAGCAGCUGGUGAGGCUGCUGAGAAGUGAAGAGCUGAGAAUUGAGGAUGAGUACCAGGUAUUCACUGCAGCCAUGGACUGGGUCCUCCAAGAUGUGGCAAAAAGGAAAAAACACGUUGUGGAGGUGUUGGAACCAGUACGCUUCCCUCUGCUUUCUCCACAGAGGCUGUUCAAGUACAUAGAGGGUAUUUCGGACUUUAGCCUGCGGGUGGCACUGCAGACUCUGCUGAAGGAAUACACUGAAGUUACAAAGUCUCCCAAAGAAAACAAGAUGUACAGUCAGCUCCAACCAGCCAAGAUGAGACCCCGAAGGAAGGCCAGGAAAUACCUCUAUGCCAUUGGAGGCUACACGCGGUUGCAGGGCGGCCGCUGGAGUGACAGCCGGGCGUUGAGUUGCGUGGAGCGCUUCGACACCUUUAACCAGUACUGGACCACCGUGUCGUCCCUGCACCAGGCCCGCAGCGGUGUGGGGGUUGCCGUACUGGAGGGCAUGAUCUACGUGGUGGGAGGGGAGAAAGACUCAAUGAUUUUUGACUGCACUGAGCGAUACGACCCAGUGACCAAGCAGUGGGCCGCUGUGGCGUCUCUGAACUUUCCGCGCUGUGGAGUUGGUGUCUGCCCCUGCCAUGGAGCGCUGUAUGCACUCGGAGGUUGGAUUGGCUCCGAGAUUGGGAAGACCAUGGAGCGGUACGACCCAGAGGAGAACAAGUGGGAGGUCAUUGGCAGCAUGGCAGUUCCUCGUUAUUAUUUCGGCUGCUGUGAGCUGCAAGGGUUUGUUUACGUAAUCGGAGGAAUCAGCGAUGAAGGAAUGGAGCUGCGUUCAGCCGAGGUGUACGACCCCAUCUCCCGCCGCUGGAGCGCUCUGCCCGUUAUGGUCACACGUCGCGCAUACGUGGGCGUCGCCUGUCUCAGCAACUGCAUUUACGCGGUGGGAGGCUGGAAUGAGGCCCUCGGGGCCCUGGAGACCGUGGAGAAGUACUGUCCAGAAGAGGAGAAGUGGGUUGAGGUGGCUCCGAUGUCCACUGCUCGCGCGGGCGUGUCUGUGUCAGCUGUCAACGGGCUGCUGUACGCCGUCGGCGGGCGGGCCGCCAGCAGAGACUUCUCAGCCCCGGUGACCGUGGACUCGGUGGAGAUCUAUGACCCUCACCUGGAUACCUGGACUGAAGUUGGCAACAUGAUCACCAGCCGCUGUGACGGCGGGCUAGCCGUGCUCUGAUAGCCGGGAAUAUUCCAGCUGUGGACAUCCAUAUCAGCACUUGAAACAUACCAAAACUGCAUUGACUAAAACAAAAGCUGCACCUUAAGAAACCCAUAAUUGCGUUUCUGUCCCUGUAGGCUUUCACUCGAUCAUAGAUGUUAUUUAUAAAUAACAGACAUGUCAGACAUGUCUUUCCGUUUUAUUGGUGCAGAACAUUUGACAGCAGAUCUGAAACUGGAAAACUGCCAAAACCACUUAGACUGCUACAAGACUUAUCAGUGUCUCUAUUUAUAAACUCACUAAAUACCUUUGCAGGAAUAUCAGUAGAAAAGAAACUCCUAUUUGAUGACAAAGUGAUCCUUGCAAUAAGGAUAUCGUUCAUAGCGGAGGAUUUUGCUUUUGGGUGUUCUGCUUCUCAAGUCGACUCCUUUUGGGAACAGACGUGAAAGCACGGUUAUAUUUUGUUUUUUCUUCAUUUUUUCUUUAAGAAAUGUUUGAGGUGAGUGUGUUGCUACUUGAAAGAUUUAUUGAACCACUUGAGCUUAAUAAUGGAACCAAGGUUCCAUGGUAAGUGGUUACUGAGAACAAUUCUAAACUUGAACAGCAAACCACUGUUUUCAUAGCAGUGCAGUUAUCACACAGUAAUUUCCACUGAAUUAUUUUUGUGUGUAUAUAUAUAUAAAUAAUACUGUAUAUAAUAGUGCCUCUUAACCACUGUUUACACUCAGUUAUGUUUUGUCAUUUCACUCAGUGUCACCAGACAUUACUAAAAUGUAAAUUUCAACUUUCUGAUGUUGAGAUAUGCAACAUUCCUGUAGGACUGUAGAUAUUUUUACCCUUUGUUUAUGGUAGGUAUCAUGUUGCCUCUAGAUCUUGGGAUCACAUUUGCAAGCUCACUGAAGCUAUUGCACAUGUCAAUUGAGUCGUCAUUUUUUUCCAAUAUUGCUUGCAAACUUGAUAACCUUCAUAAAGCUUUCAUGUUCUUGCUGGAUUUAAAGUCCAUCUACGUUACCUCUUAUUUACAAAAGUUCAAAUUUUCAAAACCGAAGAGGCUCAAGACCUCCACUGCAACAUUUCAUUGAUUUGCAAAUCUGAUACAAGCCCAUUCUCACAAUGUACACAGGACAUUUACAUUGUCGAUCUACGGUACAACAACUUGAGAUACAUUUCUACCUUGUGAUGUGUGAAAAUAUAAACAUCUUAAACCGAUUGAGGAUGUUUUUGAAUAGUUAACAUUAUUAUUAGAGCCACACUACUAUACUGAUGAAAGAAAGGUUUGCAAAUAUUCCAAUGUUUAUUUUCCCCUAGUUUGCA